GUCUUUUCGAUUUUCCUUGAUGGAGUCCAGGCUGACCGACAUCAACAACAACACUACAGAGUUGGAGGUCAAACUGGGUGCCGGUGUGAAACAACUGGAAGGUCUGAGGACAGAGCUGGAGGUCAGACUGAGUGCCAAUGAGGAACAGCUGGAAGAUUUGAAAACACAAAACACAGUUCAGUCGGUUCAACUUUCCUUGAUAAAUUCCAGUCUGACAGAAAGUCACAACAACACUACAGCUUUGGAGGUCAAACUGAGAUCCACUGAAACACAGCUGGAGCAGCAAACUGCAGCUCUGGAGGUCAGACUGGAUGUCAGUGAGAAACAGCUGGAAGAUCUGAAAACAGAAAACACAGGUAACACUCUAACUUUGUUUACAUUGAAAUUGUAG